AUGAAUACUACAGGGCGUAGUGAAGGCACCAAUGCAUUUUUUGACGACUUUGUUACAUCAACAACAAAUCUAAGAGAGUUUGUUGUUAAGUAUGAACAAGCCUUACAUAAGAUUGUUAGAAGGGAAAGUAGCGAAGAUUUUACAUCAGAGCAUAAAUAUCGUAUUGUGGAUGAUGACGAUUUUCUUUUGAAACAUGCAGCACAGGUGUAUACCAGAAAUAUGUUUGAAAAAUUCAAGAGCGAAUGGACUAGAGUCAAACGGCUUAAAGUUGAAGAAAGGGAUUCUGACGACCAUUUUCAUAGAUACUCAGUGAUGAAGAAAAUUGGUAACCCGCAAAAGUUUUUGGUGGAGUUGAAUUUACAAACACAUGAGGGUAAAUGUGAAUGUCAAAAUUUUGAAUUUGUGGGAAUAAUUUGCCGGCAUAUUAUGAAAGUGUUUGUUCGUCAAGACAUUGAUACAAUACCGUCCCACUUUAUUCUUUCAAGAUGGAAACAAGGAGCAAAUAAAUUUAGAGUUACGGAUUCUGAAGCCUUGGUACAGAAUGAUGGUAAAGAACAAUCGGAAGCAUUGAGAUUUAGUCACAUGUGUCGGAGAGCCACUCAACUAGCUUGUUCUGCUGCGCCUUCUAAUGAAGCCUACACAAUCUACAUGGGUGGUUUAGAUGAAUUGUCAAAAAAAAUUUCAGAGCUCAAUAAGGUGUCACAGGAAGAUGUUAUGGAGUCUCAAGAUAAUGUUUUGCAAGAUGAAGGAGCAGAUAAAUGUACCAGUAAGUCUUCAGAGCUAUUGCUUCUAGAUACAAAUAUCUCAAAGACUAAGGGUAGAAAGAAGGAUGAGAGCAGCAGAAGAAUAACAAAUGGUUCUAAGAGAAUUAAAGGUGGUAUGGAGUUGGCUCAAAGCAAAAAAAGAAAGUGUACAAUGUGCCAACAACCAGGACAUAAUAGGCUUACUUGCCAAUUGAAUCCAGAUGCAAAAAGAAAAACAGCUGUUUCUUCAAAUCAAAAAAGCAAAAAUAUGCAAGAAUCUGUCACAGUUUCGGAUGAGAAUGAGGAAGAUUCGGAUGAGGAGGAUUCAGACGAGGAGGAGGAUUCAGAUGAGGACAAUGAAGACUAA